CGAAUCGAAUUUGUUUACAUUUUUAACUUUCACUUGGAAAAAUGUCCGCUGGACGUAGUUCCGCCACGUUAAUCUUAAAUAUUUUAAUUUUCCUAAGUGGUUGUUUGGAUUUCAAGUAUGUGACCAGCACGGAACCGACCGCGCCAUGGUACGAAAACCUUCCCGCGGUCGCUAUGGAUUAUAAAGUGCACAUAGACCCCGGCAAAGAAGACUGUUAUUUUCAAUAUGUUAACCCUGGAGCCACUUUGUAUGUUAGUUUUCAGGUUGUUAGAGGUGGAGACGGUAUGGCAGGCUUUGCAGUUAGAAACCCCAAAGGGGAGAUAGUGCAUCCCUACCAAUGGAAACCGAGCAGCGAGUACCAGGAUCAACAAUCCAUGGGGGGCUACUAUUCAGUGUGUAUUGAUAACCAGUUUUCCAGGUUUGCUGCGAAACUUGUCAAUAUCUAUCUCACAGUGGUGCGGUACGACAUGUGGGAGCAAUACACUAAGGAAGUCGAGGAGCUUAAUAUGAACAUGGAAAACUUUACUUCAACUGUUCAAACUGUUGAAAGGAACAUUAAUCAUAUGCUGCAAUAUCAGUAUCACACUAGAGGACGAGAAGCUUGGGAUAUGAGCCUUUUAAGUGCUAAUAAUUCUUAUGUUGUGCGUUGGUCUCUUAUACAAAUUACGGUGAUAGCAAUCACUACUGUGGUACAAGUUUAUUUCGUUCGGAAGUUGUUUGAUACCAAGUCAGGUAGCGGGGGGUUCAGUAAGACUAGGAUUUAAAAAUCUCUAAAAAACUUAAUCGUAGUAUUAGGAAAGAUCUGUUUUUUUUUAAUUAGGACGUUUAUAAGGCUAAAACCUAUUUUUUUAAUGUUAAUUCCAUUCAGUCAUCAAUCAUUUUAAACUGUGAUAUAACUGAACAUUUAAUUGUCUUCUUAAUUAUCUUGUGCCAACGAGCUUAUUUACUGACAUUUUUAUGCAUUGUUUGUUAUUUUAAGUAAUAAAAAUUUAUAUUUUGAGAGACUUUAAAAGAUAAAUAAAUUGUAUUUAUUGA